AUGCCAGGUACUAGCUUGGUAGUACCAGUGGUGUUGUGGGGCAAAUAUGCUCCCACACACUGCAUAUCAUGCAUUUAUCUCUCGCAAGAUCAAAGGACUUUGGCAACUGGGUGUUAUGAUGGACAAAUAUGCCUAUGGCAAGUGGAUCCAAAUACUCUACACAUGACCCCACGAUGUCUCUUAGUGGGUCAUACUGCACCUAUUUUGUGUAUAUCGAAGGCCAGCAAAAUUCAGGAUAAUAAUUAUAUUGUGUCUAGUUCAGAGGCUGGGGAGAUGUGUACAUGGGAUUUGGUGGAUGGAAAGUGUAGGGAGGCUAUUAAGUUACAGCAAGUUCACACAAAUAUGCAGGCAUAUCACAUGUGCAAUUGCGAGGACGUCCGCCUAUUCUGCAAUGGCUACUACCCGGAAAUAAUAGUAAUGGACCCAUUUAGCCUGGAAAUCCUCUUCACCCUAUCGUCAAAACAAAAUCCCGACUGGAUUAGCGCCUUACACGUUCUCAGGCCUGCCAAACGCAAGGACGAUGUGGUUCUGGCCCUGACCACCACGGGCAUGGUUAAAGUGUGGACUCUGCUCGGUCACGAGAACAAACAUUCCGAGCCCAUUUACGAGAACGAAAGCAAGCAAAUUCGCACGCUAAACUCCGUUUGCAUGCAGUGUUGCGCCUAUAACCAAAGAACUGUACUUGUAGUUACCACUAAAUAUUGGCAAAUAUAUGAUGCAGGUGAUUUUAGUGUAUUGUGUUCCUAUUUAGCCCCAAGAGGCGAAAGAUGGAUGUCAGGUGACUUUUUGUCAGUUGACAGGAUUUUAAUGUGGUCCGACGCAGGAAAGGGUUACCUUUAUAAGUUACCAGCAAACAAACUUCGUGGCAAGAGUAUUAAUAAUAGUAGUGUUCCUGAUAAUAGAGAAUUCCAUACUCCCAGUGUUGCCAGCGAUUUACCGUUUCUUUAUUGUCUUCUUAGUCAACCAGACAACAAGCCGUUGUCAUGUCCCCCCGCAAUGCGUUUUCUCACGACCUCCAAAGGAAACCGUUAUCUUUUGAGGGGAGAUUCCGAAGGUUACGUUUUGGUAUGGAGCAUACCGGAUAUUUCGGCUGCGCAGCUGCAAGACAUUCAACAUAAAAAUCCUCCGCAGCCGGUUACGAUGCCCGCCACUUUGGCGACCAGUUUGACGCAGGCUUGGGCGGAAAUGAACCCGAGUCCUGUGGGAAUUCUGGAUCAGAUGGAGAAGCAAUUGGGACAGUCUAUAAAGUUAACAGCAAGCAUAUAUCUACCAAACCAAAGCCGUCUGGUUGUAGGCAGAGAAGAUGGUACCAUCAUCUUGGUUCCAGCCACACAAACUGUAAUGCUCCACCUCUUACAUGGCAAUCAUCAACAAUUUAAUGGUUGGCCGGCACAUCAGGUCCUCUCCGGCCAUGGAGGCAGAGUCAAUUGUCUUCUGUACCCUCACAGAGAGCAUUCGCGCUACGACAAAAACCACUUGGUAUCCGGUGGAGUUGAUUUUGCAGUCUGUCUGUGGGAUUUGUAUGCUGGAACUUUGCUGCACAGAUUUUGCGUCCACGCAGGCGAAAUCACGCAGCUACUUGUGCCACCCAACAACUGUAGCACAAGAAUCCAAAAAUGCAUUUGCUCGGUCGCAUCAGACCACUCCGUCACUCUACUAAGUCUAGCGGAAAGAAAAUGCGUGUGCCUCGCUUCGAGACAUUUGUUCCCCGUGACUAAUAUAAAAUGGCGGCCCAUGGACGAUUUCAUGAUAAUCGGGUGUUCCGACGGCACCGUGUACGUAUGGCAAAUGGAGACCGGACACUUGGAUAGAGUGCUACAAGGCAUAGCGGCCGAAGAAGUGCUGUAUGCUUGCGAGGAGACUACAGAGUCCAAUAAUGUUUCUUCUGAGGUCGGUUUGGCCAAUCCGGCAGUACAUUUCUUUAGGGGUUUAAGGCACAGAAACUUAUCUGCAAUUCGCCACGCCACCCAAAGAGGCCUCCAUCAACUCCAACAACUUGGGGCUCAUACAAAUAACGACGAUCCUCACAUGAGAAGGGAUCAUAACUCUCCCCUAGUCGUUCAAGGGUUAAGAACAAACCCUAAAGAUGCUGAAAGUCACAUACUUUUCUUCGAUAUUGAGGCGUUAAUUAUAGAACUUUUAAGCGAAGAAUAUGCCAUGAUGUCUCCAGGAAGUUUGGAAGCAGCUGGCCUUAUAUCUCAAGCGGAAUACUUUAAGGUGGCAGCCUUAACUCAAAGCGCUAGCCCCGAUGCGCACAAAAAAAUCGCAGACUUUUUCGGGAAGGUAAAAGAUAAAGCUGAGAAUAUGGAAAGAAUAAUCAAAGAAAAAGAUAAACACGGUAUUUUGGCUAAAAUGAAAGAAGGGGCAGAAAAUGUACAAACUAAAAUCCAGGCUAGAGCGGAAAAUAUCUUAAAACAUGGUGAUCACGCUAAAGAUGGCUGUGAGGGUGGCUCAAGAAACAACAGCAAACCAAUGACGUUAGGUUUAAUGGACACCAGCCAUGGCAUGGAGAUUGCGCAGUUGCUUCUGUCACUUUUGCACUCAUGGGGAUUGGAUAACGAUUUGGACAGAGUUUGUCAAGUGAAGUUGGGACUUUUAAGGCCUAUGGUACCAGUGUCAUUUGGAGUACUCUCCAAGGCCAACCACAUGUCACUAUUCCUGCCAACAUGGCACAAAGCUAUCCCCAUAGACCACGAACAACCUCACAUGGACUUGUCGUUCACCCAAAGUCUGCCGCUCGAACUGGUGCGCCAGGAAAUGAUCACGAGAAUUUUCACCUCCCAUACGCAUUGGGAAUUGAGCACCACGCUAACCAGCAAUCAUCUUCUGGCCAUAAUAGCGCUAAGUCACACUUUGAUGUCCAUGAGCAAUGCGACGUUUGUGCCAGAGCAAGAGAGAAACAGAAAGUUACACAGACAAUCGACAAGGGUAAACUGGAGCAAAACGGACGAGGAACACGAGGAAAUGUACACUCAGCAACAGGCGCAAAUAAAACAGGGCUGGUCGCUGCUGGCAACGCUGCAUUGCGUCCUUUUGCCCGACAAAGUGGUAGAACACGGCGCGAAAAACUUUAAACGUCCGCAAGUCGAGAUGAUGGCCAAGAGAUGGCAGCACCACUGCGUCGAGGUCAGGGAGGCCGCGCAAACGCUUCUAUUGGCCGAAUUGUCAAGAAUGGGUCCCAAGGGCAGAAAACAGUUGGUUGACAGUUGGGCGCAGUAUUUGCCGUUGUAUACGCAAACGGAAACGAUAAAUCAGCAUGCUGUUUCAUCUCCUAAUAACGUGAAUUCCGGGCAAAACUCGCACUCGCCAGAUCCAACGGAUGAAGAAUUUGAGGAGGAAGAAGAGGAGCAAGUCCGAAAACCGUCGAGUUUGUCCGAAUUAAAACGAAAACAAUCCACAGCUGUUAUACUUUUGGGUGUCAUAGGAGCCGAAUUCGGACAAGAUAUAACGAACACGGACACGAACAACAAAAAACGAACUGCGGACGAUAGGCGUAAGAGUUCAGUGGUUGAAGGUUUCGGUCCAGGUAACAAUAAUCUAGCAAGACUGACUUCGAUGGCGCUGUCGCAUUUGCUGCUGGCGCCCCCUUCCGUCAAAUUACCCGCACACAUUCCACUGAGAAGGGCCGCCAUCGACCUCAUCGGCAGGGGAUUCACCGUAUGGGCCCCGUUUUUGGACAUUAGCAAAGUACUUUUAGGUUUAUUAGAAUUAUGUGCGGAAGCAGACAGGCUAGUUCCCAGCAUGACUUAUGGUCUGCCCCUAACGCCACAAGCGGACUCUUGCAGAACUGCCCGUCACGCCCUCACCCUAAUCGCUACGGCAAGGCCCGCGGCAUUUAUUACCACCAUGGCCAAAGAGGUGGCGCGCUACAACGCCAUGCAACAAAACGCACAAACGUUGAACAUCAAUAUGCAUAACAAUGUGCUGCACAAGGCCAAACCGGAAAUUUUAAGGGGGGUUGAGUUGUUGAUUGAGAAAAUGCAGAACGAAAUGAGUGAUCUUCUAGUCGAGUUGAUGGAUAUAAUAUUGCAUUGCUUGGAUCCUAGUCAAUUAAAAAACAAACCACUAAACGAAGUAUUCCCUGCAGUGUGCAGGUUUAACCAAGUUUCCCAUUGUUCUGCCACAAGAAGGAUAGCAGUUGGUUCAAACGCAGGUACUUUGACUUUGUACGAGUUGCGGCAAAGUAAAUGCACGACAAUACAUGCGCACUCGACGGCGGUGACCGCGGCCGCAUUCAGUCCCGACGGCAAGUUUCUAGUCAGCUACGCAUGCGCUGAGAACAAGCUUAGUUUUUGGCAGACCAGCACCGGCAUGUUCGGUUUGGGCCAGUCGCAAACGAAAAACGUGAAAUCGUACAGCACGGCGCCGAUCGCCGACGUAGCUCGACUGAACCCGAUGCGACUAGCGCGUCUCAUCUGGAUCAACAAUCGCACGGUCACGCUGAUGCUGGCCGACGGCUCCGAGACCAGGUUCAAUGUGUAA